CUCCGCCCCCGAGAGAAGCUCUGCGCCGCCUGCCGAAGCACCAGUCCUGGCAGGCUCAGUUUGGUUCCACGGUGUUUCGGGCCAAGAUGGCGUCCGCGUGUUGCAGUGUUUUGGGGCGGCGCGUGCUGUUCUUGAGCCAGGAACUGGUUGUCCCCUGGCGCGCCUUACACACCUCUGCUGUUUGCGCCAAGAACCGGGCGGCCCGAGUGCGCGUGGGCAAAGGGGACAAGCCGGUGACCUAUGAGGAGGCGCAUGCUCCGCACUACAUUGCUCACCGGAAGGGCUGGCUGUCGCUGCACACAGGUAACCUGGAUGGGGAGGAUCAUGCUGCGGAGCGAACGGUGGAGGAUGUGUUCCUUCGAAAGUUCAUGAUGGGCACUUUCCCAGGCUGCUUGGCUGACCAGGUGGUCCUGAAACGCCGGGCCAACCAGAUAGAGAUCUGUGCCCUGCUGCUGAGGCAGCUGCCUGCACACAAGGUCUACUUCCUCGUGGGCUACAGCGAGACUCUGCUGUCACACUUUUACAAGUGUCCUGUGCGACUCCACCUGCAGACUGUGCCUUCAAAAGUUGUGUAUAAGUACAUCUAGGAUGAUAACCUGCUCAAGAAGUGGUAGCUGGCAGGGGACAGAAAUGUGGAACUGUUGGAAGUAGAAGGGCAGUGUUGCCUCACAAGAAGAGGCCUGGCCUCUGCUGCUGUGGAACCCAGGCCUUCAUGCUCUCUGGCCCCCCUGUCUGUACGUGUCCCUUGGGUUUCUUGAUGUGCUUUGGGCUUCCCUGAGAGGCUGCUGGGUGUGUGCAGUUUAGCUGCUGCCUGUGGUCACCGAGGACCUUGUGCAGUCUUCUCUCCCAGGCACUUUACCCAGGGUGCCUAGUUUCUGUCAAACAAUGAGACAGUCCUAUUUGAAUGAUAAUAAAAAGAAAACAGUCUGGGCCAGU